AUGGCAUCUAAAAGGUUCACCGCAGCAGAGAAAGGCAAAGGACUAACUACGCAGCCACAAGGUCCAGCAAGGAAACACAUACGAGCUCCGGAGAUCGACUCUUCGGCGUUGAUUAAAGACAAUGCCCUUACUCUUACUGGAAGGGUCACAAACGCGAAGGAGCAACAUGUGGCCUCGCUACUCUCCUCUCUCCCUAGGGACUGGUCACUACAAGGAAGAGAAGAUGACAUGAAGAAGGUCUUCGCAAACAAACCUUAUCACUACCAUAACUGGAUGGUAAUCCUGCAGAAGUGGGAGCCAAUCAUCUCCUCUACUUUCCCAUCGCAGAUCCCCUUCUGGAUACGCCUUCAAGGCCUACCCCUGCACUUCUGGCACGACAAAGUCAUGUACGAAAUUGGUCACGAACUUGGCCACAUGGAGGACUAUCGCAUAUCGAAGACGUCAGCGAGAAUUAGGGUUUUAGUGGAUGGGCUCCAACCAUUAGUCAUGGACCCCCUAAUUGAGUUUAGAUCUGGUGAAGAGCUAGCUGUCUCUCUGGAGUAUGAGGACCUAAAAUCUCACUGCUCCAUGUGCUUUAAGCUAACGCACUUAGCCGGAGACUGCCCUCUCACUCUAGCUACCCAGCAUCAAACGAAGACAUAUCAUAGGGACGUCAAAACAUCAGCUAACUUCAUCGAUUUGUCAUCAACAGAAAGGACCCAAAAGGAGUACUCUCCCUUACCUUCACCUCCUCGCAAGGGACCAACUGAUAAACCUUUCCAUCAAAGGGUUGACAGGCAUGGCAGACCUUUCGGUAAUAGGCUCCUCCUACCUGAAACUCGAGGCAUCCCUCUGAAAAACAAGUUGAUUCCCCAUACGGCUAGCUACAAUACUCAACACAACAAGCGUCAUCACACCAGAACUGAUAAUAGGGACUUGGCGACUUACCAUCAACGACAAUCUUCUCUGCAGUGGAGAGAAAAGAGCCCCCCAAAGGACUCUACUACAGACAACCCUCGCCCUGACAGGAAUGCGAUAAGGCAGAAAGUGCAGCAAGGCGGCAACGGUCAUCGCAGGGGAGGAGGAGGACUUAAUGGCAAAAACAGCGGCGGAAUCCCCAAUCCCCUAUGUCGACUAGAGGCACCUGCUGUACUCAACUCUGCACUCCCUGCCAUCCAAGAAACGCCAAUCAGAACUACACAACAAUCUCAAAGUGCAAAGAAAAGGAGAAAGAAAGUUGGUCCAAGUCCACGUCAACUUACGGGAGCUAACGCGAGGAAGAGAAAUUUCUCUCAUGCGACCCCUUCUUCGCAUGGAUUUCCCUUUGCCUCUCCAAUCCAAACUCAACAGACGAUCGCUGUGAGCUGGAACUGCUGUGGAAUUGGGAACCCACAGACAGUUCAGAGGCUCAAACACUUAAACAAAUCGAGUUCCCCUGAUAUCAUCUUUCUAUCGGAAACACGAAACGUGGACGCCACGAUACUCUCAGAAUUGGAGCCACUACUGCAGGACUUUCAAUCAUACUUCUUGGUCUCUCCCACCCACACUAGUGCUGGAGGACUGGCUCUUCUAUGGAGACAAGGUAUAGACAUACAGAUCUUGACGUCAAACCAGAAUUUCAUAGAUGCGCAGAUCAAGUUCAAGAACACAUCUUUCUUUGGUACCUUCGUCUAUGGAGCACCUGAAAUUCAAAAUAGACAAGCGGUAUGGGAUCAACUUUCAGCUAUAUCGGAGGCAAGGAAUCAACCAUGGUUCCUUACGGGGGAUUUUAAUGAAAUCACAAACAACACAGAGAAAUCAGGAGGAAGAUAA